GCUGAGUUUCUGUGCCGGAGUUCUGUGUCUCUGACUGAAGACUGCAGCGAUGGAGCUGUCUGGCGCUCAUGAUGGACGAUCUCAGUCUGACCCUGUUCAAGCAUCUCAGGGUGAUGAUGAUUCGGGAUCGUUUGGGGUGAAAGUCCAGGUCCAGGGCAUCGCCGGCCAGCCGUACGUGGUCCUGAACGCUCAGGGGAGGUGCGCACCAUGUUCUCCGGAGUAUCCCGACGUCUUCCUCACCGACCAUCAGCGGCAGGAGUUUGUGUCCAAUAUGAGUGGCAGCGCUUCAAGCACUCAAACUCCUCGACUGGAUCAUUACAGAUCUCUGAGAGCCUUCAAGAACCCGUCGGCCCAGCUGCUGAACUACCAGAGGAAGCCUGAGAUCCUGAGAGCCUGCGAUCCCAGAAACCACCGCGGCUGGUGCAGCAGCCCUUCCUCACCCGUGAUGGUGAAGAGAGCCAGGAUCCCCGUGCCGGGAGUCCAGGAGCCGUCGGUGGAGAGCGUCCCCUACCAGCCGUCUCAUAUCAUCUGCAGGAUGUCUGGAGCCGCCUCAGAGAUACACGACACCAGGACGGACCACGCAGAAUCCCCUCGGACCGGCCGAGUCGCUCACCGCAGCAGAAUCGGACCUGAGGAGAAGAGGCGCUCCAGAAGUCUGGAGUCCAGAUCGGACGGGACAGGGAUUGGAACGGAAGUUGGCGGCUUCACGCAGACAGAUGUGUCAGAGGUCACAGGGGUCAGAGCCACAUCUGCAGGGCAGCAGGAGAGGUCAGAGAUCAAAGAAGAGAACGGAAGCGGACAGGCCACACCUGAUCUCCUGAAAGGACAGCGAGAGCUUCCGGAUCAGCCCGAUGAGGAAACCGCUAAACUUUUGAUGGUUAACUACCUGAAAGAUGGGUCCUGUGAGGGUGAAGCCGUUAUCAGGCAGAAGGUGGAGCUGAUGUUUGAAAAGAUCCACAUGCUGAAGUUCACAACACUGGAGGAGUUUGAGUUUGCAGCUCCUCUGGAGGAGGUGAACGAUCUUAAAGACAGAAGGGCGGCGCUAGAGAGACACGUCAGUCACUUACAGCAGCUGCUGCAGGAAGCCCAGCAGAACAAUGAGAGUUUGUCUGAGCAGAAAGAGGAGAGAAACACCGAGCUGAAGAGACUGCAGGAGACACUAGAGAGGAGUGAACAGGAGCAGAUCAUAGUCCGCCAUAAACUCACCGACAUGGAGAAAGAGCUGCAGACCUCACUGGACCAACUCCUGCAGGCCAGAAGAGCUCGUGAUCAGUGUCGUUCUGAUAUGAGGGAUCUGCAGCAGCAGCUGUCUGACAUCCAUGAUGAGUUAGACAGCGCUAAGAGCUGCAAGGCCGGAGAGAGAGACAGGCUGCUGCAGGAUCUGUGUCAGUUGCAUGGGGAGUUCGAGGCCCUGCAGCAGGUGCAGGAGGAGCAGGAGGAGGCGCUACACCGGAGGGACAGUGAGCUGAAAGCCCUGCGGGGGGCGCUAGAGGAGGAGAUCUCAGCUCACGCCAGAGAUGUGGAGGCGCUGCAGGAGGAGCACCAGCAGGAGAUCCACAGACUCCUGGAAGCCACACAGGAGGCCAAAGAGAGUGUGGCUCUGCUGGGUCAGAAGGUUCUGGAGGUGGCUGCAGAGAAAGGAGCCGAUCAGACGCUGAUCUCAGAGCUGAAGCAGACUAAAGCCGAGCUCCAGCAAAAGAUCUGCACUCUGGAGGAGCAGAUCUCCUCCCUCCACCAUCUCAUUCAGCAGAAGCAAGAGCAUGAGAAGCUCCUGACAGCACGUGUGGAGCAGCUGACGAUGGAGAAACAGAAUCUGGAGGAGGAGCUGCAGGAGGUCAGACAGCAGGAGGAGGACAUGUGUGGAGCCAACCGAGCCCUGAUGAGACACCUGGAGGACACACAGAGUGAGCUGAGCAGGUUGACUCGAGCUCACCGUGAGCUGAAGGAGAGGUAUGAGGAGGAGCGCCGUCAGAUAAAGGAGCUGCAGAGGAGACGCAGUGAGUUAGAGGAGCAGAGGAGGAGCCAGGACCGAGUGUUAGAGCGGCUGCAGGAGGAGAUGAGCGCGGCGGUGAUGGGAUCGGAGCAGGAGACGCAGAAGCUGCAGGAGGAGGUGGACACGCUCAGAGAUCAGAGCCAGAGAGAACUGGACACACUACACACAGAGCUACAUGAUACACACACACAACUACAGACACACACUCACGCCACACUGGAGUACCAGAGAGAGCGGUGUGUGUUGGAGGAGAAACUCUCUCGCUGCGAGUUUGAUCUGAAUGAGGCGGAACUGAAAACUCAGCAGCUGCAGAAGAGAAUAAAAGAGCUGGAGGAGAAACAACAAACACAUGACGACAGACACAGCAAACUCAUGGAGGUGCGAGUGUGUGAGCUGGAGCGGAGUGUGUUAGAGGAGCGCAGCAGCUCAGACGCGCUCAUGAAGAGACUGGAACGAGGACGAGAGCAGAUGGAGCAGGUGAGAGCUGAAGUGCUGCAGGAACGAGCUGCUCGACACGAGCUGGAAUGUGACAAGAUCCGUCUGGAGCGACAGAAUAAGGAUCUGCGGGGCCGCGUGGCGCAGCUGGAGGGAUCUCAGCGCAUCGGUCAGGACGCCAUCAUCUCCAAACUGCAGCUGCACCUGCAGGAGCUGGAGGAGAGGCUGCUGGGAGAGGAGAGAGAGAAGAGCGAGCUGCAGCAGCUGACCCGCAGACUGGAGCGCCGCAUGAAGGAGCUGACCAUGCAUCUGGAGGAGGAGAAGCUCUCACUGCAGGACCAGAGAGAUCAGCUGUCUCUGCGUCUGAAAACCCUGAAGCGUCAGCUGGACGAGGCCGAGGAGGAGAUUGAGAGGCUGGAGAACAGCAGGAAGAAGCUGCAGAGAGACGUGGAGGAACAGCAGGAGCUCAACGAUCAGCUGAAAACGGAGAUCUGUGGCCUCCGCAACCAUAUCAGGCGCAACACGAGACCCAAUAAAGCACAGACUCCAGCUGAUGAAGAUGAUGAGGAGGAGGAAGAAGAUGAGACUGACGCAACACUACAUGCAAAAUAACUGCUGAACAUGUAACUCAAGUAAUAUAUCAUCCACAUUUACUAAUGUUACUAUGGUAAAACGAGUUGUCACUCUAAACGAGGUUGAUUACAUGAGCAGUGAUGGAUUAUGAUUUUACAGCAGUGAAGCUGCUGAUCACAUGACUGAACAGACGCUCUGAUAUAAACGCCUGUAACAUGAAUCCAGUCACAUUCGGCUCUAAUUCUUCCUCAUGUCAUUCAUGUCCAUUUGAUCAGAAGUUACUGUGAAAAAUAAAUAUGGUUUGUAUGUUUUAAUGAAGCUGAC